AUGAGUGGUUACGGCCCUGGCGGAGGCCAGAUGUACACCAAGCCUGUACCACCACAGAGAGGCAGCUUCCCACUUGACCACGAUGGCGAGUGCAAACAUGUCAUGAAAAGUUAUCUGGCAUGCAUCAAGAAGGUCAAGGGCGUCAAUGAGAACCAGUGUCGGGAGCUUGCGAAGGCAUAUCUCUCAUGUCGCAUGGACCGUGAUCUGAUGGCGAAGGACGAUUUCAAGAAUCUUGGCUUCCAAAAUGCUGCCGAGGAUGCUGCCUCAAGCAAGGCAGCCGGUGGAAGCGACACUCAAGCUAAGCCGGCGUAG